AUGGCAGGCUACAACAAUAGACCACUAAGUUUCUCUGAGAGAAGGGGGAGCAUGCUCAGCGACGACAUGACGCUCAACACUGGAUCCAGUUCCAGCAGCACCAGACUCGAGAAGAUGCCUCAAAGGCCGGGGCACAUCAGAGGACCGCCCACACCCAGCAUGACUACUCCUGCUGCAGACUUCGAUCAGCAGUUGACGGGCUCGCCACCUCCCCCGCCCACACCAGCUGCCUCGCCAGGCCCCUCACAUCAUCAACUCGACUGGAGCGAUGCCGCCGACGACGAAGAUUUCUUUCUUGCCAAAGUGCGCCAUCACUUCAAGAACUCUGGCGCCCCUCACCGUACUCGCCUCCUGGCCGAUCUUCUGAACAUGUGCACAAGUCAACAGCUGAGCUUCGUUCACCAGUUCGUCAGCCCUCUUCUCAAGAAGGAUCCAUUCACGAGCCUUCCAGAUGAGCUGUGUUUACGCAUUCUCUCCUUUAUAGAUGACCCCAAGGUCUUGGCCCGUGCCUCGCAAGUAUCCCGGAGAUGGAGAGACUUGUUGAGUGAUGACAUGACGUGGAAGAACCUUUGUGUUAAGCACGACUACGGCAGACGCCUGUCUGAAGUUGCUUCAUCGAUGGGCAGCGGAUCUCGACCUGGUGCCCAGCCUCUAUGGGGAGACGACUACGCCAGCAGCAGUUUCCCAGGUGCGUUGCCUAUGACGGCUCAUGCUUCUGGAUCCCGUAGUCUUGAUGGGGCCGGCAAUUCAAGACCCAAGAUGAGGUCUUAUAAAUCGCACUUCAAGCAGCGAUAUCUCGUCGAGGCUGCCUGGAGAUCCGGUGGCACUAGCACCACUAGGAACAUCACUCAGGAAGGUGGUGUAGUUACGAGCUUGCACUUGACACCCAAGUACAUUAUCGUGGCCCUUGAUAAUGCCAAGAUUCACGUCUUUGAUACCAAGGGCAAUCAGCAACGCACUCUACAGGGCCAUGUCAUGGGUGUCUGGGCGAUGGUUCCUUGGGAUGACAUUCUCGUCAGUGGUGGGUGCGAUCGUGACGUGCGGGUAUGGAACUUGGCUACAGGAAAUGUUCUUGUCGGCCAUGGCGCUAGUGUUCGAUGCCUCGAGAUCAAGGGAGACAUCGUCGUGUCAGGCAGCUACGACACCAUGGCGAAGGUCUGGAGCAUAUCUGAGGGCAGGUGCAUCCAGACACUCCAAGGUCACUUCAGUCAGAUCUACGCCAUUGCCUUUGACGGCAAGAGAGUUGUCACUGGCAGUCUCGACACCAAUGUCCGCAUCUGGGAUCCCAGGACAGCUGAAUGCCUGGCUAUCCUGCAAGGUCACACCUCCCUCGUUGGUCAGCUGCAGAUGCGUGGAGACACCCUCGUUACAGGCGGCUCAGAUGGGUCAGUGCGAGUUUGGUCACUGGAGAAGAUGUGCCCCAUUCAUCGGCUUGCGGCUCACGAUAACAGCGUGACCAGCCUGCAGUUUGAUGAUACGAGGGUCGUCAGUGGUGGAAGUGACGGCCGGGUCAAGAUCUGGGAUCUGAAAACAGGCCACCUGGUCAGAGAGCUCAUUGCUCAAGGAGAGGCAGUCUGGAGGGUGGCUUUUGAAGAUGAGAAGUGUGUCGCUCUGGCUUUGCGACAAAACCGUACCGUCAUGGAGCGAGUCCUUCAGGAGGCGCCAAAUCGACCCUUGAGCGCCAUGCAGCUCGACUAUAGACAAACGCAGCCCACUGUCGCUGGGUCCAGUCGAGAAGCUGCUGGAAGUCAAGAUGUUGACAUGAGAGACGCUGGUCCUUCUACAGCCCCACUUCAGGGCGGUAACAAGACUUUCUUCCAUGACGACUAG